AAGAUAAAAAUCGUCGAAAAGACGAUGACUCUGUUCCAACAACCACGCUGGCUGCGAAAAUGGAUUCGACGCCGAACAAACCCAAUACCGAUGGACCGGGCUCAUCUCUGGAAAGGUCGCUUGAGUUUAUUAUACGCCAUAGUUGCUUGGCAUGCAUUCGGAGGCGUUUGUUACAUGAUCUACACCGGGCGUAAUGAUUGGGCCAAGUUUUAUGGUUACAAAAGCGACGAAGAAGCAGAGCUGCCCCAGGCCAUUCGUUUCGCAAAGCAGCUCAAUCUUCCGAACGCAAAAGUCGUCAAGCUAACCGGGUUCACCAAAACGGACGAGUACGAACUGAAAGAUCUUAAAGUUUUGCGCGCGGCUGAUGACGGUGGCAAUUCAGGUGUAGAAAAAUAG